UGUGACGCCUGGGAGCGCGAGGACGUAGGUUUCCGAGAGUGCGCAGUGGGUGGGUUGGCGACGACCCUUAGGCCGUUUUAGGGAGGGGGCGUUGAGAUGGGGGCGGCGGCGGCGGAAGCGGAUCGCACUCUCUUUGUGGGCAACCUUGAAACUAAAGUGACAGAGGAGCUCCUUUUCGAGCUUUUCCACCAGGCUGGGCCAGUAAUAAAAGUGAAAAUUCCAAAAGAUAAGGAUGGUAAACCAAAGCAGUUUGCAUUUGUGAAUUUCAAACAUGAAGUGUCUGUUCCUUAUGCAAUGAAUCUACUUAAUGGAAUCAAGCUUUUUGGAAGGCCCAUCAAAAUUCAAUUUAGAUCAGGAAGUAGCCAUGCCUCACAGGAUGUUAGUUUGUCAUAUCCCCAGCAUCAUGUUGGAAGUUCGAGCCCCACCUCCACAUCUCCUAGCAGGUAUGAAAGGACUGUGGAUAAUAUGACUCCAUCAACACAAGUAAUUCAGAGAACUUUCUCUUCUCCAGAAAAUUUUCAGAGACAAGUGGUGAUGAACAAUGUUUUGAGACAGAUGUCAUAUAGUGGGAAAUAUGGUUCUCCACAUCACGAUCAGUCAGGAUUUUCCCCAUCAGCUCAGUCACAUAAUCAUACUUUUAACCAGUCUUCGAGCUCCCAGUGGCGCCAAGAUACACCUUCAUCACAGCGUCAAGUCAGACAGAAUUCUCAUCCAUACAUAGCAGAUAGACAUUACAACCGUGAACAGCGUUACACUGAUCACGGGUCUGACCAUCAUUACAGAGGAAAUAGAGAUGAUUUCUUCUAUGAAGACAGGAAUCACGAUGGCUGGAGCCAUGACUAUGAUAACAGAAGAGACAGUAGUAGAGCUGGAAAAUGGCACUCAUCUCGACACUAACAAGUGUUCAAAGGACAUUGUUUUUAUAGGGUCAUUCUAGGCCCCUUUGGCUAACUUGGUGUACAGGGCAGCUUUACAAGUUGCUACAUUUCUUUAUAAAAAUUUUAAAACCUAUAACUAUAGUUUAACACAGAAAAUGAGAAGAAUUGUGGUUCUAGUUUUUACAUUGAUAACCUUUCACCUCAGGGUUUUAUGAAGAAAAAAGGGUUUUAUGCAAAAGGAAGUGCCAUAAUUCCUAAUUGUUUUAGACAAUUGAGGGAAGGGUGUAUUAUGGAUUGGUUGCAUUAUAAAGCAAAUAUUUUCAUUAUCUUUUUGCAAGAACCUGCUUGUUAGUGAAUCAGAUUUUGGUGUAUACAGUAGAAAACAUUCAAAUUGAUAGUCUGAAAUGACUUAGUAUUUUGUUAAUAAAUGAGAAAUGUAAUUUCAGUGAUUCAUUUUACUAACAUUUGAGAAUGUUUAUUGGUAAAGUUUGGAGAUAAAUCAUAUUGUUUAACUUCUUAGAAAACAAAUGUACUGUGACAUGCUGUUUGAGUUUUACCCUAAUUGGACAUACAAGUGUAAAUCUACACAUUCUAUUUCAUUCUAAAAUCUUAGAAUUUCCUUAUUGAUUCAUGUUUGAUGUAUGACUGAAGUCACUCAGGAAGUUAAAUUUCUCUAAAUGUAUUUUUUAAUAUUAAAAAUACAGUGUUAACAUAAAAUCCCCUUUUCAGGAAGAACAAAAGUCUAAAUGUACAGUCAGAUAAAAUGGUAAAAUGUUUUACUGGAAGUAUACUUAUUUGGAAAAAGGUUCCCAAAACCUUUAAGUGCUGCCUCUAUCACUCAAACUUUUUAAAUUUACCAUUUUCAGAGUGCCCAGCGCAUGUAUACAAGGGAACAUUUUAUGAGGAUUGUACAAGCUGCUUUUUUGUUUGAAUAUUUGAAAGAGUUUAGUCUUAAACACUUUCUGAUUUAAAAUUUUUUUAAGUCUUGUUUAACAAAACUUUUAUGUAUCAAGAAACCUGUUUUCCUUUCAUUGCAUUGUGGAACUUGUUUAUAAAAAUUUAUCCCUUGAAAUAUUUAGAUCCUUUUUAAUAUUAAUGACAGCAUUUGUACUGUUACUUUUUAAUAUUGCAAUAUAUUGAACACAAAAAGGA